AUGUCGGAAUCAGUCGGUCUGCCGCCGCAGGGCAUCGACCUCACAGCAAACAAUGAAUCGAAGAACACCGCUAUCGUCGCGACGAUGUACGCCUUAGCUGUUCUCGCCAUCAGUGUUCGGUUAUUCUCGCGGACGAAGGUACAGCAGGCUCGCAUAGGCUUGGAUGAUUGGUUGAUCGUCACAGCACUGUUAUCAGGCACGGCAAAUAUGGCGAGUGCUAUAGUUGGUGGCAAGUAUGGCGUCGGCAAACACAUCUGGGUGGUAAAUAUGAACGAUAUCAUAGCAAUGGCGAAGAUCCUAUUCGCCAAUGUCCUCCUCUACGUUACCACUGUCACCCUGAUCAAACUGUCGAUCAUCUUGUCUUACCGGCGCAUCUUCGGCAUGAGAUGGACCAUGUGGGCUUGUAUAUUCUUGGCUUUGAGCUAUUGGGUCGGCUGCACCAUUGCCUUUCUGACGGCCUGCCAACCCGUAUCCUACUACUGGACCCAAUACCUGAAUCCCAAGGGCGGCAGAGAGAGAUACGAUCUAUACGCGUUUUACAUUGGCCAUGCGGUUGCGAACAUGGUCGGUGACAUCGUUAUCCUCCUGGUGCCCAUUCCUCUGAUUUGGAGCCUUCAACUGCGACUGUCGCAGAAGAUCCAGAUUUUGAGCAUUUUCCUUCUAGGCGGAUUUGUCUGCGUGGCAAGCGCUAUCCGGAUCUACUACUUUACCUUUGUCAGCGGCGUCGACGUUACCUGGGUCUUAGGCGACGUGUUCAUUUGGUCGAGCAUCGAGCCCUCCAUUGGAAUUUUCUGCGCCUGCCUGCCCGUCCUACAACCGCUUUUCCGAACCAUUAUGAAUCGCAUGCUAGGCACCCCGACUCCCGUCAAGUCAAAGCAACGAAGCACCGGUCCACCGAAAGCCGUCCGUUAUGCGCCCAACAUCCUCAGCAAGAUACAAGGGGGAGACGAAAGGAUCGCACGGCGGGACGAGGAGGCUAUGUUAACGACAACGUCCGCACGUUUCGAGCUCGACAGCAUAGGGAAAGGCCGGCAUAGCGAUGAGGAAGCCGGCCCCAUGGAUCUGUUAUCUAUCACGGUACAGAAGGAAUUCCAGGUUCGGGAAGAGCAUCGGUAG